ACUUGGCGAGAAGCCGCGGCUGGGCCGGCGUUCUCGCGGAGGAGGCCAGAAGCGCCUGGGAGUCGGGCCUGGACGGGUGACCGGGAGGUGCGGCAGCCGCAGCGGAGCGACAUGGCGGAGACGGACCCUAAGACCGUGCAGGACCUCACCGCCGUGGUGCAGACCCUCCUGCAGCAAAUGCAGGACAAGUUCCAGACCAUGUCUGACCAAAUCAUCGGCAGGAUCGAUGACAUGAGUUGCCGCAUCGACGACCUGGAGAAAAACAUUGCGGAUCUCAUGACCCAGGCCGGAGUGGAGGAACUGGAAGGAGGAGAAAACAAGGCAGCCACUACCAAGACUUCAUCCUGCCAAUAAUCUAUGAUGGUCCCAGAAAAGAGACCUUUUUACAAGCCUACGCUGAUUUUUCAGAUACCGUUUUUGUUUUAUUUUUCUGUUUUUCCAACAAGUAGUGUGUAUAAGCAUUUUUCUACAGCUGUAGAACUUGCGUUCUUAAUGUACCUUGUAUAACUAGAUUUGGAACAGUUUCUAUUCUGACUUCUUGUGCAUUGUGAGUUUCAUGCACUUUUUGGAAUUGACAUGUUCUAUACUAAUUUCAAUUAUUAAAACAUAAUUUGGUAGCUUGAUGGAUCAAAUACAAUGUUAAUGUUAUACAAGUGGACUUUUGUGAAUUUGGAUGUAAAAACUUUCCUUUUCCUGGUUACCUUUUUGUAAUUCUUUUUAUGUAGUGGGUCAAACGUACUGUGCUUUCUAUCAGCCUAUUUUGUGCACAAGGAUGAAAAUGUGUUCUGAGUCAUUUACCUGAUUAUUAGUAAGAAGUUGAAAGUAGGAAAAAAUCCAUUUUGGAUCUCUUGAGCUGUAACUCUUUUUCGUUUUGUAUUAUUGAUUUCAGAAAAUUGAUAACUGAAAAAUUUGAAGAGUUAAUAAUUUAAAAGUAAAUUGUCACUAAUUUUGGCCUGGAAGCCUGGAUUUUGUUAUGGGGGGGUACCCCUUAAGCAGGACACUUGAUAGUUCUAACUGGAGACCAGUUCUUUGGAUUUAUAAUAAAAUGCACAUUUUCUUUCAAGUAGACCUCUGUCCCCGGAGUGACAAUUGGCCUUUACAUCUUGGUCGUUGCCAAGUGACUGCUGAAUUGCAUCUAAUAUUGAAGCUGUUCUAAUGUCCUAAAUGCGACUUUAUGAAAUCAUUGCUGGAAAAGCCCUUUAGUGUAACAAAUAAAAUCUCCCUCUGAUGGCUUUGAAAUCGCUGUAGAGGAAGGAAAGCAUAAAUGGGGGCAGUUGUUGUAAACAUGCUAAAAUUCUCAAGUUACUCUGUGCAGUCUUCUUACAGAAAACUCCGUGUUUGGAGUACUAAGCUGUUGAGGAUAUGAGUAGAGUAGGGCGUUACUGCCUAGCUCCUAAAGCUGCAGAAUAAACUUGCCACAACUCAGAAGGACCUUCUCCUGGGGGUGUUUGUUUCAGAAGAAGGUCAGGAUUUUAUUGGGGGGCAUGGAAGGACCAUUAAAAAAAAUGAACAGUUAUUCCUUGCUGGGGCGGAAAUACUGUAGACGUUUUCCCUGAUUCGGGACUCCGUUCUUCAUUCCAAGUUUGGAUCUUUGCUUCUUUUAUGCCCUCUGGUGUGGUUGGUUCCCUCGUACACCACAGCGGCUGAAUAAAAGACUUUGCCAUGUCUUGUGCUCGAUUGCGCAAAAAUACGGAAAAGAAACUUGUGUCCCUAAGCCUGUAUAUUUGUGGGUCUGCUCUAUGAGAAAUGUGGAGAGCAAAUUUCCUGGGUUGCAUGGGAAAAAUGUUAACAGGGAUAAUUGGCCAAUACCAGGUGCCAGUUUGGCUUUUACGGAUGGAAACAGCUGCUUGCAAACAAAACUUUCUCUUUCACUGGAAGAUUUCUGCUGAAUAUUUCUUAAUGGAGCAGAGUAAAAAGAGAAAGACAAUUCUUCGAUGUUCGCUAGAGUUAAUGGAAACGGAACACAUUCAGUCACUGCUGAAGAGUGGCACUUUCACCGUUAGAUCCAUUUAUUUUUAAAAAAACAAUCAUGGCACUUGUGAUGUUUGUUGGUAUCUGAAUAAUCGUUUUUCAACUGGUCAGUGAAGUCAUCGUAGUAGUGUUACAAGAAAGGCAGAAGAAGAUGGUUUAAAAUAAUACCCUUGUAUAACCAGCCUUAGAUCUUUCUGACCCUGCUGUUAAACAUGUCUAAAUAAAUUGCUGAAAUGGCACUAAG